UCAGCCGCUCGGAGGAAGGAAAGUGGGUAGGUAUAUAUUCCCGACAUGCACCGAGGUGCGGGGAGUGUCCUGGGUUUCUAGCACUCCCAGUUUGUUAAGCAAAAUAGUAAUUAACAGCUCUGUGGGUUCCAUGAAGUAGCAGAGGUAGCUGUCAGCCAGUGCAACGCUGUCAUGCCUUGUCCAGGAUUCAUCUCUUCGGAAUAAAUGAAGAGAGUGACUAUGAAAGCACAGCACCUACCUUCUAUUUCCAUCAAUGAGGAGAAGUUCAUAACCAGGGAGCAGCUCAGUUCACUUCUGAAAACUUAUAACUCCUACUAUUCUGAUCAAGAAAAUCUGCAACUGUCACAUAAUCAGCGAGAAGGAAGCAAACCAUGUAUUGAAGGAAUCUUGUCAAUAUUUUGGGGAGUCCGACAUCCUAUCCGAUUAAAAAUUCAGGAUGAGAAGCAGAUACCCUCUUUUGUAACCCUGAAGUCAACAGAGAACGUGGGUUUGUUCCCUAGCAAAAGGGGGAUGACACGCUGGGGAGAAUUUGAUGAUCUACAUCAUAUUAGCGGGGAGACAUUGAAAUCUACUGAAGAAAAUCCAAACCUUGAGAAAAGUUAUUCAUGUUAUGAAAGCCGCACUCUGAAGUCCACGAGCGAGCAGGAACAUGAUUGUGCUACCCUGCCCAGGGCCGUCAGCAAUGCGGCGGCCGUGCGGAAGAGGGCCAAGUUGCCCACAAUAGCGAGGACAGAAGUAGAAACUCACAGGUUUUCAAUUAAUGGCCACUUCUACAACUACGAGACAUCAGUUUUUACUCCAGCUUUUGGAUCAGAAACCAAAAUAAGAAUAAACAGCCAGAUGAGAACAAGACAAGUAAUAGAACAAUUGCUUCGAAAGUUUAAGAUAGAAAACAGCCCACAUGAAUUUGCACUUUACAUUAUCCAUGCGUCCGGAGAAAAGAAGCAGCUGAGGAGUGGAGACGUUCCCUUACUGCACAGACUCUUGCAGGGGCCCUCGGAGAAGAUUGCCAAGUUUUUUCUCAUGGACAGGGAUGUGGAAGAGAUUAGCAGUGAUGUUGCUCAGUAUAUUCCAUUUCAUCUUCCCUUUUUGGAGUCAAUUCUGCACAGAAUAAAUGAAGAAGAACAACAGGAGAUUCAACAGACAAUUGCAAGGUACCUAAAAGAGAAGCGUGUGAUAUGCCAGCACCUUCAUAGUCGAACUGUUAAAAAAACAGAGACUACUGUUUGA